AUGGAAUUAUUAGAUGUUAUGAAAAAUUUAACAAUUAAACAUACAGAAAGUACAAGUGAGCAAAAAUUAUUCAAAUCAAUUGCUGCUGAUAUUGAUGAUGUACCUACAGAAAUUGUUAUUGCAAACUAUACUGACAAAACAUUGUUAAUUGUCUCCCAAUACCAAAAAAUUGGCAGUAUGAUGACAAUUCAACGAGAUCAGGUUCAUAAUCCUUUAGGCACGGAUAAUAUUUAUACAACAAAAGUUAUUUUCGGUGCUACAGGAGAAGAACAACAAGUUGCUGCAAGAUAUUUGGCAGAGGCAAUAAAUAUAACAAAACCAUUGUGCAUCUUUAUAAAUUUGAAAUCAUAUGAUAUAGAAACAGUAAAGGCUUGUAAAGAUAUUAUUUUAGAUCUAAAAGGGGAAGAAAGCAAAACCACAUAUUGUAAUGAAAUGUCUAAAUUAUUGAAAAGUAAUGGAAGAAAAGUUGUACUUAUAAACUUGGAUCCUGCAAAUGAUUGCAUUUCUUAUAAGCCCAAUAUAGACAUUAGAAGUUUAAUUAUUUUAGAAGAUGUUAUGGAUCAACAUAAUUUAGGACCAAAUGGGGCUUUAAUGUAUUGCAUGGAAUAUUUAGAAAAAAAUAUUGAUUGGUUGACAAGCCAAAUUAAAGGCGAACACUCAACAACCUUUAUUUUUGAUCUGCCUGGUCAAGUCGAGCUAUAUAGUCAUCAUGAAUCACUGAGUAAUAUAUUUAAUAAGCUUACAACUGAAGGAAACAUACAAUUGUGUGUUGUUCAUUUAAUUGAUUCUCAUCAUUGCUCCGAUGCUGGAAAGUUUAUAGCAGCAUUAAUUUUAUCUUUAAAUGCUAUGUUAAAAAUUGGCUUACCACAUAUCAACCUUUUAACCAAAGUUGAUUUAUUAAAGAAACAUGCAGAUAAGUUGGAAUUUGGCAUUGAUUUUUAUACUGAGGUUUUAGAUUUAAACUAUUUACUGGAAAGUUUGGAUAAUGAUAAAUUUACACAUAAAUUUAUGAAACUCAAUAAAGCUUUGAUAUCUAUUAUUGAAGAUUAUAGCUUAGUUACUUUUCAAGUUGUGGAUAUGUAUAAGGAACAAAGUCUCAGAAAUGUGAAAAAUUUAGUGGAUAAAGCAAGUGGAUAUGUUUUUAAAUCUGAAGAAGGAAGACAUAUUAAUAGUAUGUUAGCUUGUGCAAUGGGUGUUAACAGUGAAUUUGAUUCGAAUGACUAUGAA